AUGAGCUACAACCAUGAUGAUGUACAAAUCAAACCAUUGCCUAGUAUUCCGAACGUUUCUGUAGAAAAUAAAAAGGCACUUAAUACUUUAUUGGGUUUACCUAUGCAACGUUUUUAUAAACAAGGGGAUCGUAACAGUCAGCGGAUUUCAAUCAUCAUUGAUGAGGAUAUUGAAGAAGUAACGAAUCCAGCAAAAGAGAGCAAGACUGUCGUUUCUAUUGAUCGCAAUUUACAAAAGACUAUGUGGCAAGAUGAUCCGUUACGUUUAUGCAUUCCCGAGCAGAAAGAGUCUGUCAAAAGUCAAGUAAAAGUUGAUGAUGAUGAUAGCAAUCAAACAGAAGGAGAUCAACACUUUUUGCCUUUCACUAAAGAAUUCGAAUUACCUUAUGCUUUUACUCCAAACACAAAAGAGAAAGAAGCGGAUCUUUUACAAAAACUUUAUGUGGUGAUUGGUGAUCCUCAAAUCAAUGCUAGUACACCUUCAAGUAAAUCAGAGCAGUCAGAAGAAGAAGAGGAAGUAGAAAAAAGCGAAGAGUUGAUGAAAGAGUAUUUGGACGUUGUUUUUGAACUGCCUUAUGCUACAGCUGGCAUGAUGCCACCUACACCAUUACUCAAGGAAAUUAGCUACACACCAGCCUUUUCACCACCUACUAUGCUUCCUUUAGAAGCUUAUCAAGUAUUGACUGAAGACAGGCCUUGGCACGCAGAGGACCCUGCUCAUUUGUGGCUUUACACUCGUGAGAGUUACGAACAAGAACCGCUUCAACUGUCUUCUUCGCCUCGUGUUUCCACUUUAGAAUCACUUUCCCUGCUUGAGUCUAGCGAACAUGUUCCGUUUACAACGCAGACAUGGGAAGCCAUUUUCCAUCCACUCAGUACAUUCAGACAUAAAAAAGGCGAAUUAGAAUACUAUGCUUGGAAUCCCGCUAAUUUACCUGCUGCUGCUGCCCAAGUUUCUCAGCGCGUCAAUCGUCCACUUGCUCACAGUUCCCAAAGCCAUUUCUCAGUCUCAGAAGGUUCUCAAGCAACUCUUCCUCGACUUAUGCCGACGCCUCCUUUAAAGCCUUCUCCUAUACUUACCAUUGCGUCUGAACAUGCUUCUAUGGAUAAUGAAGAGAUUAUUUCCAUUCUGCAAAUACAAUAUGAUUAUAAUGAAGAUAAUGCUGAUAAUGCUGAUAACGAUGUAGUGCAAGAAGGCUAUUAUUAUGACAUGUUGCAAAAGAUUCGUGGUGGCCAUCGAUACAGUAAUGCCUCGUCUUUAGAAAGUCAAAUCACAUCCAACCCAGUCUCUAUCAAGCUUGAAACUAGAUCAACAACACAGCAACAACAAAUAAAAGAAAGAAAUCAAUUGACAAAGAUACGACAAACAUGCUCUACCAUUUUGGCUGAUUAUACAAAGAAGUUCGAAAAACUCAAAGUGAAACACAUGGAAGACACACACGAAAAAGAUGAAAACAUAGAUCCCGAGAUGUUGGCUCAAGAGCAACCUCGGUUCUGGACAGUGAAACGAUUAUUUUGGGCUGGGUUUAUAUGUCCCUUUGUAUGGUUCUAUGGGAGUGUUUAUAUCAGAAUGUCAAUCAAGAUUUUAAGUCAUCCUAAUGAUUUACUCUGGCAAAAGAGGUGUCGACUUGCUGCUCUUUAUUUCACAGUUGCUCUAUCUGUUGUUAUACUUGUUGUAUCUGUCAAGGCAGCAGGAAGUGCUGGCAUUCGACAAACCCAAAGCGAUACAAUUCGUGCUGUUAUUGCAAACUAA